UAUAUUGAAGAAUUAGCUAUCGGUGUCAUACAGACUCUGGAACAGCUAUCGGUCGUUUCGAUUGUGGACAUAUUCAAUUUCGGUAACGUGCAGUGUGGAUGCAAAUAUGGAAGUGGUUAUAUUGGCUGUAACACGGGCUUAUUUUGA